AUGACAGACGUGGACGACAUUACUGGACUAUGGGCUGCUGCUAUCUUGAAGUACCGCGAGGCUACUGGCAUCAACCUUUUUGCCACUUCCCAGGUGGAAUCUCUCGACGAUGUCAUCAACCUCACCAUCGACAAAAAAGAUCACUUCGUAAAAUGGCGCGACGACGGAGGCAAGUCUCCAGGUUCCGCGCCAUCGUCAAAUUCGACCAUACUUACGGCCGUGUCGAUUCUCAUUAAUACUGCCAACAAUCAAUCAGCGGAUUAUGACAAACGAAGUAUCAAGAUCCUCCAGGACGACAUUGGCUGCAACGGUACCGCUGGAUUCAGUAUCUUCUUGGAGAUCUUGUUUGUCUCUGACCAGAGUAAUGACGCAAGAAUUGCACUCUCCCUCGGACGGUUUGGCUCAGUAGACUUUUCCGGAGUUGGACAGGAUUCAGAUGUCGAGAAGAGCGACUAUGGGGAGAUCACCGAAGACAAGGGAGGCCAUGUAAUCAUUGUACUUCGAUGCGCCAACAGAUGGGACCGCGCCUCUGGCAGUGGUGUUAUCUGGCGGCGGCAACCGAUGUACGGCUGCAUGACCUGCGCCGAGAUCGAUUUUUGCGAGAGAUGCUACAGCAAUCACGUUAGCAACGAGAAGGCCGAAGGCGCGAAACGGUUAUACGUCUGCAAUCCCACACGCCAAUUGCUCAAGGCUCCUCUCGAAGAUUGGACGGUCAAGGAUGGCACCAUGACGAUUAGCGGGAGACUGGUAAAAGCUGCUCAGUGGCUCGAGGACGUGGAGAAGAAGUGGAAUUCGGGCCAUGGCUUACGUGCCUGA